AUGAUGUGUGCGGUAGCGACAGGCCCUAAUGCCAUUCCAGUCUCCCAUGAGAUGGGAAACCAACUCCUCCGCACUGCGGGAGGAACCUAUAAGAGCGAUGAGCGCGUGGAAGGGACUCAGCCGCUUCCGGAAACGCGACAGAAGUCUGGAUCAGAGUCGACCCUGAGUGAAGAGACUCCGGGCGCGACGAUGAAUAGCAGCAAGAAGUCUGCACAGGCGACAGAAGACGGAAAUAGGUCAGACGCGACAGAGAUUGUGCCACACUGGUGGAGGGAGACUUGCAUGAAAGAGUCUUACGAUCAAGGGGGAGCGUUGUGCUGUGCGGGUGCGACGGCGGUACUUCGCGUUGAGCUCGUAGGGAGUCUUUGUGACGCCCUCUUGGACACUGGGGCUUCGAGAAGUUUCAUUAGUCCUAAGUUGGUCGAACGACUGCAGCUGAAAGUGCGGAGACUAGCAAAGGAACAUAGGUUCACCAUUGCUACAGGUGCGCAAUUACGCAUUGAUCGGGUAGUGACGGGAUUGACGUUGUGGUGCGGACAUACACGUUUUUCCGGGGACUUUUUAGUGGGACCCGUUCCCUACGACUUAGUCUUGGGUUUGGAUAGGCUGACGGAACACAAGGUGGCCUGGUACUUCCAGUCUGACAAACUCCGAACCUAUGUGAAUGGCCAGUGA